GAGCAUCAUGUCAACAGCAAUGGACAUGUUCCUAAGCGCAACAGACUCGUUGUCGUUCACAGAUAUCUUAGAUAUAGAUAUAAAAUCUGAAAUAGAUACACUAGUUGGGGGACACAACGACUUCUCAGGAUUUAACUUUAACGACAUGCCUCCUUUAGAAAUCGAAGAUGUGCAUGAUAUAAAAUGGUUCAAUUCCAACUCGAAUCAUUCUAAUUUAGAUUUCAGUGGAGAAGAUGGCCCCACUAUGGUCAACCCUAACGCUGUAAUGCCCGUUAUGUCCUUAGCACAAAGUAUCAGGUCACCGUCUCCUACAUUAAAAGAAAGCCAUUUAACAUUCUCGCCUGCUACUAUUAAAAUAGCAGCUAUAAAACCAGAUAAUCCAACAGUUAAGAAAGACUUAACUUGUAAAUUAGAAGAAGUAGUCGAGAAGAAACCUGUGAUUAAGACAAUUACGAAAGUGACACCUAUCUUAGCCAAACCUGCUGUAAAAACUAUCACAAAGGCACCAACUUUACUUACUUUUAGAAAUACUGUAAACCGAACUAUAGCGUCACCUAUAAAUAUUACACAAGUUAACAACAUUGCAACCAUACGAACUGUGACUCCAUCUACGAUUAAUCGCAAAAUUCUCAAUGGUAGGCCCUUAUAUGAUGAUGAAGAACGGGCAUUUCCAAAACCAGCUUACAGUUACAGUUGCUUAAUAGCUAUGGCCUUGAAAAACAGUAGAUCUGGUAGCUUGCCCGUUUCUGAAAUCUACAACUUCAUGUGCAGACAUUUUCCUUAUUUCAAAACUGCUCCCAAUGGUUGGAAGAAUUCAGUGAGGCACAAUUUGUCUUUAAACAAAUGUUUUGAGAAAAUAGAGAAGCCUGCAUUGAAUGGUGCUCAACGAAAGGGAUGUUUAUGGGCAAUGAAUCCUGCUAAAAUAAGUAAGAUGGAUGAAGAGGUACAAAAGUGGUCAAGGAAGGAUCCACAUGCCAUCAAACGGGCAAUGGUAAAUCCUGAGCAUCUAGAAGCGUUGGAACGAGGCGAGAUGAAAUUUUCUUGUUCAUAUGACGAAGGAGAUAAUUUUGGAGAUUCUUGCGGCAGUGCUGAAGAACAAAGUGAAGGCUCAGACUAUGAACAGGAACAAGAAGUUGAUGUUUCAAAUGUUGCCAAUACCCAAUACGAAUAUAUACAAGUUAAGGAAGAGGAUAUAUCUGAUCUGGACAUCGAAGUUUCCGAUGCUUAUGAAGAAAUAGAAGAUGACCAGGAGAUGUUAAGAGUAGAAGUGGCGCUAGCUCAAAAAGAAUUAUUAGAAUAUGAACGUACCUUAAAUAACAAGAGGCGGAGGACGUACAUAUUGCAGCGCUAGGUAAACCACUAUUAAGUACAUCAUUGGGUAUUUAGAAAAACCUAACCUAAAUUCUCAGUGUAUCUUUUUUGUAAGGGAAAAAGCGAAGCUGUGUCUGAUGGUGAUAUAUAUAAAAAAAAACUUUGUAAAUAGUUGUAAUAACCUUUCUCCUGCCUAUAUAACUUUUUAGGAAUUAGUAAGUUAAGUGUUGGUUUUAAAAAUACAACAAGACUGCCAAUUCUGACAAUGAUGUUUUAAGUAAUUUUUGGUGUCGUGUUCUGUAUCAAUGGACAAAAAGAGUAAAGCUCCUGAUAUUUAUGUUUGAAAGCUGAAAUUGGUAAUAUUUACGUUUACUUGGGAUAUUACCAAAUUCUCAUUAACUAAAAUAAAUUUGAUGAUUUAUUUUUUUUGUCCUUCCAUUUUAUUAUUUUUUAAUCUACUCGAAUGUAUUUCACAGUUUC